GACCUGUUUGUUGCAGUCAGCGUUGUUACUGUGUGACUGUCACGAGCAGACUGUUCAUAGGUUAGCUAGCUGAGCUAAGCUAGCUGACACAAGCAGGGUAAUAUCUUAACGUAAGCUAUUUGCAGUGGUAUAGAAUUAAUUAAAAAAGGAAACUAACGAAGUGAGAGCCAUUGUUUUACCACAUGUGAGGAUGAGUGUCCCAGACUACAUGCAAUGUGCCGAGGACCACCAGACAGUACUGGUGGUGGUCCAGCCAGUCGGCAUUGUACCCGAGGACCAGUUCUUCAAGAUCUAUAAGCGCAUCGCCAGCGUGAGCCAGGUGAGCAUCAGGGACUCUCAGCGUCUCCUCUACAUCCGCUACCGCCACCACUACCUGCCAGAGAACAACGAGUGGGGUGACUUCCAGACACACCGCAAGGUGGUGGGCCUCAUCUCCAUCACCACCUGCGGCUCGGGCAAGGAGUGGCCCCAGACGGCUGAGCGUUUCCACGGCCAGAAGGAGGUGUACAGCUCCACGCUGUACGAUUCACGCUUGCUGGUGUUUGGGCUCCAGGGGGAGAUUGCAGAGCAGCAGCGGACAGAUGUGGCCUUCUAUCCCAGCUUUGAAGACUGCUCUGAUGUGGAGAAGAGAGUGGAAGACUUUGUGGAGUCGAUAUUUAUCGUUCUGGAGUCCAAGCGGCUUGACCGAGCCACAGACAAAUCUGGUGAUAAGAUCCCUUUGCUCUGUGUGCCCUUUGAAAAGAAGGACUUUGUGGGUUUGGACACUGAUAGCAGGCAUUAUAAGAAGCGUUGCCAAGGACGGAUGAGGAAGCAUGUUGGGGACUUGUGUCUCCAGGCAGGCAUGCUGCAGGAUGCCCUGGUCCACUACCACAUGGCUGUGGAGCUGCUCAGGGGGGUUAAUGACUUCCUCUGGCUGGGUGCUGCGUUGGAGGGUUUGUGUUCAGCGUCGGUCAUCUUCCACUACCCAGGAGGCACAGCAGGGAAGACAGCGGGACGCAAGCCAAGUAUCUCCCAGCCAGCAGAUGCAGGGAAACGCCACAGACCAGGGGCUCAGGAGGUUCUCAUUGACCCAGGAGCCCUCACAGCCAAUGGCAUUAGUGCCGACACCAGCACCGAGAUUGGACGAGCGAAGAACUGCCUGAGUCAGGAGGACAUUAUCGAGAAAUACAAAGAGGCCAUCUCAUACUAUGGCAAGUAUAAGAACGCAGGCGUGAUCGAGCUUGAGGCCUGCGUGAAGGCGGUCAGGGUGCUGGCCAUUCAGAAGAGAGCCAGGGAGGCCUCUGAGUUCCUGCAGAAUGCUGUUUACAUCAACCUGGGACAGCUAUCAGAGGAGGAGAAGAUCCAGCGCUACAGUAUCCUGUCUGAGCUGUACGAACUGAUUGGCUUCCAUCGCAAGUCAGCUUUCUUUAAGAGAGUUGCAGCCAUGCAGUGUGUAGCCCCCACCAUCCCGGAGCCUGGCUGGAGGGCCUGCUACAAGCUGCUGCUGGAGACCUUGCCUGGAUACAGCCUUUCCCUCGAUCCCAAAGACUUCAGCAAAGGUACCCACCGAGGCUGGGCCGCUGUUCAGAUGCGUCUCCUACAUGAACUGGUGUACGCCUCCCGUCGCAUGGGCAACCCUGGCCUGUCUGUACGCCACCUGUCCUUCCUGCUGCAGACCAUGCUGGACUUCCUGUCCGAUCAAGAGAAGAAAGAGGUGACCCAGAGUCUUGAAAACUACACCUCUAAAUGUCCAGGUGGAAUGGAGGUCAUCACCCUUCCAGAUGGCCUGAAGCUCCCUCCAGUACCCUUUACAAAGCUCCCCAUUGUCCGGUCAGUGAAGCUGCUCAAUCUGCCUGUCAGUCUGCGUCCCCACAAAGUGAAAGGCCUGCUGGGACAGAAUAUGUCCACUGCCAGCCCCUUCAUCUACUCGCCAAUCAUCAUGCACAACAGAGGAGAGGAGCGCUGCAAGAAGAUUGACUUCCAGUGGGUUCAAGGAGAUGUUUGUGAGGUGCAGCUCAUGGUCUACAACCCCAUGCCCUAUGAACUUCGAGUGGAGAACAUGGGUUUGCUGACCUCUGGAGUUGAGUUUGAAUCCCUGCCUGCUGCACUGUCCCUGCCUGCAGAGUCUGGCCUCUACCCCGUCACUCUGGUUGGUGUCCCACGAACAGCUGGCAACAUCACUGUCAAUGGUUACCACACAUCAGUGUUUGGUGUGACCAGUGAUUGCCUGUUGGAGGGUCUGCCUGGUGUGAAGACUAGUGGCUGUUUGGUGGAGGUCAUUCCCUCGCUUCCUCGUCUCCAGCUCAGCACAUCACUACCACGGUCAGCUCACACACCUCAGCCCAUGUCCAAAGAGGAGCUGUCCAGCAGUGUGUCUGUCCAGCUUUUCAACGGAGAGACCCAGCAGCUGACCAUCACCUUAGAGAACAUUGGAUCUGAGGACAUCGAGACUCUGGAGCUCACCUCUAAGAUUGUCAGCACUAAAGAGAAAGUGUUUGGAGAGUUUCUGAGCUGGGAGCUGGAGGAAGCAGUGUCUCACCUGCCUCUAAAGCCUGGCCAGGCUGUGACACUGACUGUCAACAUCAAAGUCAAGCUGGACUUCUCCGGUCAGGAGAACCUGCUGCAGGACCUCAAUGAUGAUGGGAUCAGUGUGACAGGCUUGCCAAUCUCCAGUCCACUGCGCCAAGUCCUCAAACCCAGGCCCGAGACCAAACCUGUCAGCAGCGAGUCCGGCAAGGCAGAGUACAGCCAUAUUAAGACUUUGGAAGCAGUGCUGAGCUUCAAAUACUCCGGGGGAGCAGGCAAAGUUGAGGGCUACUACAGGGAGCUGUCUCUGGGAGUCCAUGUUGAUGUGGAGCCUUCCGUGUUCUUCACCAGAGUCAGCACACUCCCUGCUACCAGCACCCGCCAGUGUCAUCUACUGCUCGACAUCUUCAACCCAACAGAGCAUGAGCUCACAGUCCGUGCCAAGAACAACCAGGACCUGGUUCUCCAUGCCAGUGAGUGCCAGAGGAUGGCCAUCCAGGUUGACAAGUUUGACUUUGAGAGUCUGCCACAGCCGGACCAGGAGACAGUUCGCUUCACUAACCCCAAACAGCUGGAAGAGGAGCGACAACAUGCCCAGGGCUGCCAGAUCAACAGCAAGCUGGACAUCUGUUGGAGCAUCCCUUCCCUGCGGCGCCGUGGAGAGGCCAGCGUGGAGGGAGUCCUCAACCAGCUGGUCCUGGAGCACUUACAGCUUGCUCCUUUGCAGUGGGAUGUGUUAGUGAAUGGGAAGCCAUGUGACUGCGAUGUCAUUGCCGACUGUAAAGUGGGCGACGCUGUGACCCUGGAGGUAAAACUGACCAAUCGGAGCAAGAAUUCUGUGGGCCCCCUGGCCCUGACUGUAGUGCCCUACCAGGACUACCAGAACGGAGUCCAGAACUACGAUCUGGAGGACGCCGUCACCUUCAUCGGCUCCAACACCUUCUAUAUUGACACGGUUAAACCCAAAGAAAGCUCUGUCUGUGUGGGUGCCCUGCUCUUCCUCUACACUGGAGAUUUCUACCUUAAUAUCAAGUUCCAGGAUGACAGUGCUGGACGAGAGCUUCCCUUAGCCUGGUUCACUCUGCCCAGCGUCCACAUCAGAUCACUGGACACUCCUCUACAGGCUGGGGCCUAAGAAGCCCUGGAGCCUGGUGGUCUCAACAUUGUAGGUGUGGAUGAGGGAUGGAGGGUGUUGUUCUUGUUGUCUGUAAAUAGAAUAGCCUAAUGAAAUAAAUCACAUGUAAAUAUCAUUUUGUUAAAGGUUACAGCAUGUGUACAGUAGAGUGCAGCCUUUGUUAAGAUUUAACAUCUUAUCUUCAAAACUCGCUUCGUUCCCCAACAUUUAUGACAACAACAUUUUGGAGCGAAAUCAGUUCAUCGAAUUGCUGCGAUUACUGUUUUAGCUCAUUUGCUUAGAGUUUAUCUUUGGUUAACUUUGAUAUUUUUCGGUAGCAAACAGUCUUAACAUUGCUAACCUAUAGCUGUGAUCACACCAUGCUGGAGUAUAAAAUACUCUACAAAAGAGAUACAGAAUAGUUUGCUGUCAUUAGUGAGACAGGAGUGGAUGGAACAAAUGUGCUCCCUUAACCAUGAUAACUUAUUGUCCGGUUAGCGACCAAGCUAGCUUGCUAACUGGUAGUUAGCUAAGCCAGUAGCUAGCCAGAUAACUUGGAGAGCUAUUUUGGCUGGCUAGCAGUAGCCUGUUAACAGCUAGCUAAACUGGCCACAAUCAAUGGUAGCCACUGCAUGACCCCACAAGUAGUCAACAAGCUUCCACCAACAACUAUUAUGCGAGGUGAUGCGACAUGCGCCACUUUCUAGUGUAACUGGGCACUAACACCACUGUCAUACUCAUUUUCUUUUUAUCUUUAAACAUUUGAUUUUUGAAUUAUGGUGCCAUUUAUUCAGUGGAUUUUUCUUUUUUAAAUUAGUACAACUUGACUUAACGACCUCAAAGCCCUUACUGAAGAAGAACACUGGAAAUUUGAUAAGUCUAUAGCCAGAUAUGUACACAUAAAACUUAACUUAUUUCUACUGCUGUAUGGACAUUUUCUUUGUCUUCGUGCCACCAGAUGAAUUUGACUAUGUUACAUUAGCCUAUCAUUAUGUGUGACAUAUAAUUGUUGUAAAUAAAUGUUUAAACAAAG